AUGAGAAACUCUUCCAGCAUUGUCCUUAAUGUCCCCACUGCCUGUGACAGAGCCCUGGAUUGGAGAGACGACCACGGUGCGAAUCCUGAGCGGAACCGUCGACCCACAGACUCUGACAACGAGGAGUUCUGUGACUCAAUGGAGCAUCUGGCCAUGGAGGAGCGGCUGCCUCCGUCUAAAGGCCGGUCCCCCGGGUCGGGAGCUACAUCGGCGAAGACGAGCGACGUUUGGUUUGAGAGCAGCACGACCUUGAAAGAUGCCGAAGACGAAGGACCGGCGGGAGAUUUCCACAUGAAAGAAAAAGCGGCUCUGAGAAAGCACAGCAGCUCCUUGUCGAAACGAGAACGAGGGCGAGGUUCGCCCAGAGCCACCUGCUUCCCUCUGCGUUGUGCAAGCGCAGACGCUGCCUGUGGUUGUGUGUUGCGGAGCACACAUCCUGCCGUUGCUACGAGGGGAAACAUGAACGAGCAAAUAGCAGCUACUCUGCAGAGGCUGCAGCACAACAUGGCCGACGUGCUGCACAGGCUGCAUGCUCUAGAAGAGCUCACCAGGUCACAGUCAAGACCUCCAUCUCCAAGACAGGAAGGCUUCCUACCUGUCCCACGAAAGCUCCUGAGGCCGUCUUGGUGGCCUUUCCACCUCUCUCCACUCACUGUGGUGUUGACGGCACUCUGGCCUCUUGUCACCCACUGGCUUGUCCAACUUUAUUUCCAGCGUAAAAGAAGGAAAAUACCGUGAGGGUUCUGACACCCGGCAGGAACCAAAAACGCACUUUUGUUUCCCUGUGGCUUCGCUCCAGCUGACAUUCCAAACGUGCAGUUAUGAAACUUAAAUCUGAAAACUGCAGGAAAUUGGUGGUUUCUCCUAAGCAAGGGGAGCCCUGUUAGGUGUGUGAGAAGGUUUAAUUAUAGCCUGUAGCCACAAAAUGACUGAAAUGAAAUGAUAGUUUAUGAUUAUACAGUGACUGUAGUUCACCAGUGUUGGGAGUUUUCUAGAUUCUCGUUAUUAUUUAUUUGGUGGAUCACGUUUGUGCAGUUUAGUUAAUUUUAAUGUAUCGGGAAGAUAUAUUUAUAAAUAAUAAAUCGGUGUUUAACGUGCGUGUUUGUUUAUUUUUUUACAUUUAAAUAGGCCGAGGGUAUUUCUCUUAAUAUCUGAUAUACAUUUCAUGUAGCAAGCAGAGAUUUUAAUAUGUAGCUUGUCGCUGCAGUGCACUAAUAACGAUUCCUCCUUUUACAAAAGCUGAGUCAAAAGCUGACUGCUGAGUCGGCUUUUGUUUUUGUAAUUUAGAAAACAAAAAACCUGUGUGAGGUGGGGGAAAAGAAAAGAAGAAAAAUAUAUGCUUUUAAAAAAUGAAAAAUAAUAAAAGCAACACAGAAACUUCUAUUGCACAUACUGCGAGGUUUGCAGUAUGUGGUUUCAGGUGUGUGUUUAUGUCAUAAUUCCUCCUACAUCUGCAACAUAUACUACAGACAAUCUAUAUUAGCCUUAGCUAAUCAUUCAUCUAGUCAGUUUUACAGUAUAAAUUAAGAUGAUGUAAAUUUUACACAAUCUUACAGCAAGACUAGUUGUAAUAUGUGACUGAAACUUGAAAUGUAUAAUAAAACAUUUUUUGUAACAAA